AUGCAAACUACAGUGGGAGGGCGAGAGCUAAUGGCAGUAGCGCCUGACGACUAUCCCCUCUUGAUGAAGAAUGCAACUUCCAAUGAUACUAGUAAGCCAGACGAAGAAGAAGCUACACCAAACGAUUCGGUCGAAGAAGAAGACUCCAUGGUGGAGCAACUUCCUCCGCCGCCACGCCCCAAAUACUACGAGCUGGUGGAACAAAUCCAAAAGCUCACGUCCAUCGAAGAUGCGCAGGGGCGAACACAGCGCAAUUCCCACACGGCAUACAAUCGAGCCAUUGUGGUCCAGCACGCUCCCUGGUUGCCCUAUCGACGCUUGUGCAAGGAUACUUGCUGUGUGGAAACCGUGGCGAUUUCGUUGGAACAAGAUGACCAUCAAAUCAUUCAAAACCGGGAUGGUCGAACACUGGCCGACCUCACCCUCCAGCAAUUUGACAAACCCAAACAACACUAUAGGUUUCAUUCGCAGAGUAUCAAUGAAGCUGUCCUACCUUGUAUUGUCCCCGGAACCAUUAUUCAAAUCGAAAAUCACAACAAGGGCCUCCAGUACUUUUGGAAGGUGUUGCGUCCCAAAAUCAAAGUGCCUUACAUUCUCUUGACCACCGGUACCGAUGACGACAGCCCCCAAUUUGGGGCAGAGUACAUUUCCGAUCCCCUCCUGAUCAAGUGGUAUGGUACCAAUCCUAAAUACUCCAAUCAUCUGUCCUUUCAAAAGCACCUUGGCACAAAGUUCAGGGGCUUUCAUUUGGGACUGAGCGGUGUGGUCCACCCCCAAGAGCGCUUCCUGUUGCCAUACUUGGAGCUCACCAACUUUACGAACCCGUUUGCGGACAAGGAACAGUGGGACUUUUCAAAGCAACCCCUGGAUUUCUCCAAGGAUGUAUUUGUUCACUUUGGACUUCGCAGAAAAAACAGAAAAGCUUUGUGGAAGGUUCUAUGUCCUCAGAAUGCUACAUCCGGGGUUUCUUGCAAUCGUGAAACCACAAAUCUGCCAGUUCAUGCCAUCAAUGCUGACAUGAGCCAAUACCGGUUUGGAGUUAGCCCCAUUGGGGCAGGGUAUGACUGCUACAGAACAUAUGAAAUGCUCUUGUUGGGCAUCAUCCCAAUCAUUGAGGAGAGAUUCCCAGAAAGCUAUGACUUGUUUGAAGGCCUUCCUGUGAUCCACAUGGCAGACAUGGGAGAAGCCAACAGCACACAACAGUUCAAAGAUGCAAUCGUGAACUACAUUGAGAGUGACAAGUUUCAGGAAUCAAACUUUGAGGCUGGCUGGGAGCGGCUCUUUCUUAAGCACAGGAGACGCCAGCUGUUACGGGAUGCUGGGAGGGAGAAGGAAAUCGUUGUGGACGAUCAAGGGAAAGAAUACUAUCAAGCAUACCUCUACAGCAGUGAUGAAAAAGAUAUAUUCUGCCGCGACAAUGGUAGCUGUGAAUCUUCCAAGGACAAAAACGCCAUGGAUUGGUUUUCGAGUCCAAAGCCCAAAAUGACGUUGAAGGAAAAGGAAAAGGUGAUAAAGGAAAAGGACUGGCUCAUGAAAUGGGAGCACAAGGGCCAGAGACCAGCCAUUUGGUGA